CUGUCGACGACACAAAGACUCGAAUUUGCGCACCAACUUUGCUACGAUUAGCGCCAAUUCACUCAGAGCAGUACACGGCCGACCAUUUUAUUCAUUCAUUCACGCACCCACUUUCAUCUUUUUGGCUUCUCGUUUUCUCUGCUGCCAGGGAAACCUGGGUUGUUUGUUUCCUUGUCUGGAUCUCUGUUUCUUGAAGCUCCACUGGUACAAAUUCGUGAUUUUUGAAUCCCUCUGCUUUUCACCUUCUUGCUCUGGCCCGUUCUUUGCUUCCUUGGCCCCUCGCUGCAUCAGCGGAUAUGGCUCUGUGUGCAUUCUCGUUCCCGGGCCAUAUCAGCCGUGCCACAGCUUCAGAUGCUCAGAGGAAUGCCUCUCUUUCUUCUCAUUUUGUUUGGGGCUCCGAUCUGCUGGUGCAAUCGCAGCACAACCUCGCUCAGGUCCAGGUGAGAAAACGGCCCGGUGGGGUUUAUGCAUCACUGUCUGAAAGGGGAGAGUAUUACUCCAAGAGGCCACCAACACCUCUAUUGGACACCGUAAACUAUCCUCUUCACAUGAAAAAUCUAUCCAUCAAGGAGCUGAAGCAGUUAGCGGACGAGCUUCGUUCGGACGUCAUAUUCAAUGUUUCCAAGACUGGAGGUCACUUGGGCUCGAGCCUGGGUGUCGUCGAGCUCACCGUGGCUCUUCAUUUUGUCUUCAAUGCUCCUCAAGACAGGAUCCUUUGGGAUGUCGGCCAUCAGUCUUACCCACAUAAGAUUCUGACUGGGAGGAGAGAGAAAAUGCACACAAUUAGGCAGACUAAUGGAUUGGCAGGGUUCACAAAGCGCUCGGAGAGUGAAUAUGAUUGCUUUGGCGCUGGUCAUAGCUCUACAACUAUCUCUGCAGGGUUGGGUAUGGCUGUUGGAAGGGAUCUAAAGGGAAGAAAAAAUAAUGUGGUUGCUGUCAUUGGUGAUGGUGCCAUGACUGCAGGUCAAGCUUAUGAAGCCAUGAACAAUGCUGGGUAUUUGGACUCUGAUAUGAUUGUCAUUCUCAAUGACAACAAACAGGUCUCAUUGCCCACUGCUAAUCUUGAUGGGCCUAUACCUCCUGUAGGAGCAUUGAGCAGUGCUUUGAGUAGAUUACAAUCUAACAGGCCUCUUAGAGAACUUAGAGAAGUCGCAAAGGGUGUUACUAAGCAAAUUGGGGGACCUAUGCAUGAACUGGCUGCAAAAGUUGAUGAAUACGCUCGAGGGAUGAUCAGUGGAUCUGGAUCCACCCUGUUCGAAGAGCUCGGGCUCUAUUAUAUUGGUCCUGUCGAUGGCCAUAACAUUGAUGAUCUAAUUUCGAUUCUCAAAGAGGUUAAGAGUACCAAAACAACUGGUCCGGUUCUGAUCCAUGUUGUCACUGAGAAAGGUCGAGGAUACCCUUAUGCUGAAAAAGCUGCAGAUAAGUACCAUGGUGUGGUUAAAUUUGAUCCUGCUACUGGAAAGCAGUUCAAAUCAAGUGCGGCCACGCAGUCUUACACCACAUACUUCGCUGAGGCUUUAAUUGCAGAAGCGGAAGCAGAUAAAGAUAUUGUUGCUAUUCAUGCUGCAAUGGGAGGGGGCACGGGGUUAAAUCUCUUCCUUCGCCGCUUCCCAACCAGAUGUUUCGAUGUCGGGAUCGCAGAACAGCAUGCCGUCACUUUUGCAGCUGGUCUAGCCUCCGAAGGCGUUAAACCUUUUUGUGCAAUCUACUCAUCUUUCUUGCAGAGGGCUUAUGACCAGGUUGUACAUGAUGUGGAUCUGCAGAAGUUGCCUGUUCGAUUCGCAAUGGAUCGAGCAGGACUGGUCGGAGCCGAUGGCCCUACACACUGCGGUGCUUUUGAUGUCACUUACAUGGCAUGCCUUCCUAAUAUGGUGGUGAUGGCACCUGCGGACGAGGCAGAGCUUUUCCACAUGGUGGCUACUGCCGCUGCCAUUGACGACAGACCAAGUUGUUUCAGAUACCCACGAGGAAAUGGAAUUGGUGUUCCACUGCCGCCAGGAAACAAAGGCACACCACUUGAGAUUGGAAAGGGAAGGAUACUUUUAGAAGGAGAGAGAGUGGCGCUCUUGGGCUAUGGAACAGCGGUGCAGGGCUGCUUAGCUGCAGCUUCAUUGGUCGAGCCCCACGGCUUCAAAAUAACAGUUGCUGAUGCGCGAUUCUGCAAACCUUUGGAUCACACCCUUAUUCGAAGCCUCGCAAAAUCGCACGAGGUUUUGAUCACAGUCGAAGAAGGUUCAAUUGGAGGGUUCGGGUCUCACGUCGCUCAGUUCCUGGCCCUUGAUGGCCUUCUUGACGGCACAGUAAAGUGGAGGCCUCUUGUUCUUCCUGAUCGUUACAUUGACCAUGGAUCGCCUGCCGACCAAGUGGCUCAAGCCGGUCUGACCCCAGCUCAUAUCGCAGCGACUGUAUUCAAUGUAGUAGGAAAAACAAGGGAAGCUUUGGAAAUCAUGACAUAGAGGAAUUCUUUCCGCAGGCUUGGUUUUUGUUCCUCUCAUACCAUGUACAAAUAGGAUGCUACAACAAUAACAAUAUAGCUUGUUACAAAUAAUUUGUCGAUCUGUAGUGCUCUCGCCGUUGCAAUGUUGGUAAUUUAUCAUGUAUAAGAAGAGCAUCACCACAUGUGCCUGGGGAAAAAAGGAAGAAAAAAGAAAACGAAAGAAAAAUAUGAACACAGAUCCUCGAUACUCAA